GACAGUACAUCAAUAUCUUAAUCUUAAAUAUGUUGUGAUUUAAUUAAUCAAGUUAAUUUACUAUUUACGCUGCAUUUUAUGUUUUCAAUCAAUUUUAUAAAAACUACUAUAUUAAUGCAUAUUUUUUUUGUUACACAUGUCUCAUACAAAGUUACAAAUAUCGUAAAUUUGACAUGAAACUGUAUCCCCAGGAAGGAAAUCCAAUUUGUUUUCUAGAUAUAAAAAUUGAGUCUGAAAGGGUUGGGCGCAUAGUUGUUGAGCUUUUUAAAAAUGUCGUACCAAUCACUGUUGAAAAUUUUCGAGCCUUAUGCACAGGAGAAAAAGGCAUCGGUUCAUUAGGAAAACCUUUGCAUUAUAAAGGCUGUAUCAUACAUAAAGUAGUUAAUAUAUUUAUGAUUCAAACUGGGGAUUUUGUAAAUAAUGAUGGCACAAAUGGAGAAAGUAUAUAUGGUCCGACAUUCGAUGAUGAGAAUUUUGAAUUAUCCCAUGUGGAGGGUGUACUGUCAAUGGCAAAUGCUGGUCCUAACUCCAAUAACUCUCAAUUCAUUAUAACGACUGUUGUUAGUUCUCAUUUAGAUGGCACAAAUGUUGUUUUUGGUAGGGUGUUACGAGGCCUAGGUAUUGUUAAAGAAAUUGAGAAACUUGAGACUGAUGCAAAUGGAAAACCUAUUAAAACUUGUAUAAUUGAUGAUUGUGGGGAAAUAGCUCAAGGCGAAAGAUGGGGCUUUGAAGAUAAUGACAUAACUAAUGAUAGUCUCCCACCAUGGCCAGAUGACUGGGAUUACGAUGAAAUAACGAAGAAAGAAGUUUUGGAGAAUAAGAUUGCUAAUAUUAAAUUAGCUGGUAAUAUGCUGUAUUCUCAAAAUGAUUUCAUACAUUCUGCUCGCAAGUACAAAAAAGCUCGGCGGUAUAUAGAAUACAUGCUCGCUGCGACUGAUUUGAAAUGCGAAUUUGACAAAGAGAAGUUUAAUCAUGUUUAUCUUCUAUGUUUACUGAAUGGUGCGGCUGUGUAUAUAAAACUUGGUGACUUCAAAGAAGCAAAUAAUCUAUGUAAUGAGGCCUUAAAGCGAGAUCCAAAUAAUUGUAAAGCAUUUUACAGAAGAGGACAAGCACAAAUCGGGUUAAAAAAUUAUGAUAGUGGGUUAGAAGACCUUAAAAGAGCUCUAACUUUAUUUCCUAAUAAUAAAUCAAUUUCGCAAGAAUAUGAAAAAGCUUUACUUAUACAGAGAAAAUAUCGUGAAUAUGAAAAAGAAAUUUUUAUGAAAAUGUUCCAAUAAAUA